AAAUCGCAAUAUAAUCUGAUCUUUCUCUCUCUCCCGCAAUCUCUCAGCCACAUACAUAUCUUCGAUGGAAGAUGCAACCUGGGAACAGAAGCUCCAAGCUGUAACCCACAUCCUAACCAGCCCCACAACCACACCAAACCUCCACUCUCAGUUCUUCAUCGCCACCCAAAUCCCCUGCUACCUCAACUGGGACUACCCACCAUUCCUUUGCUCCAACAACCCCUCUCUUCUCAGAACAUGGAGCUUCUCUUUCUUCCUCAAAAGGCUCUUCACAACGGGCCUUCCUCAAACCUCUUGGAGAUCCAAGUGCCCUUUCCAGCAACCACCACCAUUGAUUCUUGCUCAGGGACUGGAGGAACCACAGUGGGGACCAGAACAGAGGAGGGUUUAUGGUAGGAAGAGGCUUGCAAGGAAACCGCUUGGCAGAAACGUUAAUCCCUUUAUACCUGUUUUGAUACCCAAUAUUUUGUUGUUGUCGUUCAUGGUUUGGAAUCCUUUUCGCUCUCAAGAUUGAUUGACAACCUUGUAUCUGCAAGUUCCAACUUUGUAACAGUUUCAUUGUUAGAUUCUUCAACCAUAAGGCACAUUAGUUUAUGUGUUAAUGCUAAUCAGUUUGAUGUCAUGAGACUCUUCCAACUUAUCAUUGAAAUGAGACUCUCCAGGUUUCAUACCCUUAAGCUUAGAGAA